UUCUGCUCGAUAUAAAUAUGACGUAAAAUUUUUAUCCAUAAUACGUAUAGUUUGAUUGUUGAACAAACCCAAAAUUAUGUUAGUGUUACUUCUGUUAGGUCUAGAACUGUAUUUUGUAGUUUCUAGUCCUAUUACAGGAACAGAAAGCACAUGUGCUAGUAAAUCGACUUGCAAGCCUAUAGACGACGAAAAAAUUAAUGUGCAUCUGGUUCCACACUCUCAUGAUGAUGUCGGUUGGUUAAAAACGUACGAGGAGUACUACCACGGAACUGGACAAUUUAAUAGUUACGAAAAUGCGGGAGUUCAAUACAUUCUAGACUCAACCAUUCAGGCUUUGUCAGCCAAUUCUGAACGAAGAUUUAUUCAAGUCGAAACUGCAUUCUUCUGGAGAUGGUGGAACGACCAAACAACCGACAUACGUAAACAAGUCAUAAGUUUAGUUAAUACUGGUCAACUAGAAAUGAUUAACGGAGCUUGGUCUAUGAAUGAUGAAGCAGCAGCUCAUUAUCAAUCCAUUAUCGAUCAGUUUACUUGGGGUUUCAGGAUUUUGGACGAUACUGUUGGGGAAUGUGGAAAACCUAAAAUUGGGUGGCAAAUUGAUCCUUUCGGUCACAGUCGUGAACAUGCUUCAAUCAUGAAGCAGUUGGGUUUCGAAGGGUUAGUCAUUGGCCGUCUGGAUUACAGAGAUAAAGACAAAAGGAAACAAGAAAAAAAUUUAGAUUUUAUGUGGAAUACGAACGAUAAUUUUGACGAUGCCCAAAUAUUUACUACGAUGUUUCCAGAUUUUUACGUUAGUGAAAGUGGAUUCUGCUUUGAUGUUACUUGCUAUGAUACUACUAAUAUUACCGAUGAUAACAUUGACGAUAAAGUUAAAGAAUUCACUGGGAGAUUAGAUACAUAUAAAGAAUAUUACCAAACAAAAAAUAUUUUAUUACCUAUGGGCGGUGAUUUCACUUUUCAAAAGGCUGAAAUUAAUUUCGCAAGCAUAGAUAAACUAAUUGAAGGUUUUAAAAACCAUGAAAAGUACAACGUCAUAUACUCAACACCUUCUUGUUACAUAAAAGCAGUUAAAGAUGAAGUUAAAAAGAAUAAUAUUAUAUUGAAAGUAAAGUCAGACGAUUUCUUCCCCUACGCAUCCGAUUCCCACUCUUUUUGGACCGGCUACUUUACUUCACGACCAGCUUCAAAAAGAUUUGAACGAAUUGGUAACAACAUUCUUCAAAGCGCUAAACAACUCACAACUUUCUCUCGAAUUAAUGGGAAUGACGACGACAAGAAUAUUCUCAAACUAAGAAUGGCAAUGGGUGUCAUGCAACAUCACGACGCCAUUACUGGUACCGAGAAACAAGCGGUUACUGAUGAUUAUAGUCUUCAGCUUGAUGAAGCAAUCAAAGAAGCUCAAAAACCUCUUAGUAAUAUUAUUAGAGAUCUUCUCAAAAAGAACGACAAUGUCAGUGUUGAUCUUAAAUUAUCUACUUGUCUGUUGUCAAAUGUUAGUAUAUGUGACACCACACAAAAUGACCGUUUUCUGGUUGCUAUUCAAAAUCCACUUUCGAAAACUGUAUCACAUUACGUACGUCUUCCAGUUGAUGGAGAUAAUUACAAAGUAACAGGACCUGAUGACGAGGAAAUUAAAUACGACAUGUUCGAUGCUAUGCACGAUUUCGGUUUUAUUAAAGGUGCUACACCGGCCAAAAAAGAGUUGGUGUUCCAAGCUGCAGAUUUGCCACCACUGGGUAUAAAAUUGUUCUACGUCGAGAAAAUUGAUGGAAUCUCAAAAUCAUACCAUAAAUUUGAAGACGUUACAACUGAUCGUGCAUUCGGGGACCAGAAAUCUAACGGUUUUACGAUCGAUACAAAAGGAAAAUUAGCGACAAUAACAAUUAAUGGACAACAUCUAAAUAUUGUGCAAGACUUUUUCUUUUAUAAUGGCUAUAGUGGUAGUUCCAGCAGUGCUGUUAAUAGAGCAUCUGGUGCUUACAUUUUUCGACCAGACGGAGAAGCUAUACAGGUAGCAACAGCCUUACCAAAACUACAAUUUGCAAAAGGUGAUCUUGUUGAUGAAAUUUUACAAGUAUACAACGACGAAAUCACUCAAGUUAUAAGAGUAUAUAAGGGAAAAGACGAUAGUUAUAUUGAAUUUGACUGGCUUGUAGGGGAUCUUAAACUUGGUGACAAAGGGAAGGAGGUGUUUACAAAAUUUACGGCAAGUUCUAUUAAAAACAACGAGAUCUUCUACACUGAUGCCAACGGACGUCAGCAAAUCAAAAGACAAAGAAACAAAAGAAGCGAUUACGAUUAUGACUCCAGUGAAGAACCUGUUACCAGCAACUAUUACCCUAUUACUUCUAAAAUUGUGAUCAAAGACGAAACUCAAAAACUGGAAGUCGCUGUUUUAAAUGAUCGCGCCCAAGGUGGAAGUAGUUUGAAAGAUGGAGAAAUUGAAUUGAUGAUUCACCGAAGAGAAAAAGCUGACGACAGUUUUGGUGUUAACGAAGUACUAAAUGAACAACAGUACGGAAAAGGUCUUUAUGUUCGUGGACAGCACUACUUAACGUUAGGAAAAACUGAUGGCUCAGGAGCCGUUUUGGAACGAGAUUUAGCUCACAAAAAACUUCUUGCACCUCUUGUUUUGGUCGGAAAUGCUGAAAAUCUUACAUUAGAUCAACUGAAAGAAGAAAUUAAUUUUAAAUUUGAAGGUCUUAAAACAUCACUUCCGGAUAAUGUCCAAAUGUUAACUUUAGAGCCAUGGAAUAACAGUUACAUUUUACGAUUAGAACAUAUUUUCGAAAACAAUGAAGACACUGAAAUGUCAAAAGAGGUCACCAUUGAUCUUACUGAUCUUUUCAGUUUAUUUAAUAUUACGGAGCUUAUACCAGUAACUUUAGGCGCUAACCAAAAACUCGAAACUGGGGACAGUAGUGUCAUUAAACGUUUUGCAAGGGCCUUAAAGUUAACUGACGAUAGUACAGAUCUUAAAAUUACCCUUAAACCAAUGGAAAUUAAAACUUUUAUUUUUAAAACUGAUAAAAAUAAUGACGGCGGUGAGGAUAACGGAACCACUGAUGGCAAGGACGAUAGCAACAAUAGUCAAGCUUUGAGCUCUACCUCAAUGCUAGUUGUCUUUAUGUCGACUAUUUAUAUGCUUUUCUAAGCAAGUUUAAAUAUUCUGGCAUAAAAGUCGUCUAAUAAUAAAUGUACUUUCUGGAAAUAUU